AUGGAGAUAGCGGAGCUGGCUAAGAGGUUGCGCUACGAGAUCUCAGUGCGAGCCAAAUACCAAUUCAAGAAGAACCUGAAGAGAAUAGUGUCUGAGCUGUAUGCGGGGGAUAACUGCCACCCCUUCAAGGCCAGCCUGCUGGUAUGGGUGCAGCUGCCCAUGUGAGUGUGACUCUCCCUGGCCCUGCAGAUCCUGAGCCUGGGGUCUAUGACUCUGUAUUGGUUGACCUCCAGUUGUGUGGGACUGGGACACAAUCUGCUCCUGCGCUCGCCUCGCUUCCGGAGGCUGUGCCGCAUCCCCUCCACGCRCUCCAACUCAGACACGCCUUACAGAGAUAUUGCUUCUUCCUUCGYUUCCAAAUACAUAGAGUCAAAACGGUUUUCCAUCUCAUAG